GCGUCUAGUUUCCCGCAACCCUUAAAAGAAAGGUUCUUUUUGGACUAGCCAGAAUUCUACCCUGGAAAAGUGUUAGGGGUUUUUCCCAAUAGAUAGGUCUUCCCUGCCUGUAAUACUCUAGGGAGUAUGCUUGGAGGCAGAGGGCAAGGGAGGGGUGUUAUUUAACAAAUCAAAGUCUGUGGUAUAUUGCUUUCUCAAGUCUGUCUGGUGCAUUCCUGAAAUGUGUUGAUUAUUGAGGGCCUUGAACCAUAGCAAAGUGAACGUAGAGCGCUCCAUUAAUCUUGAUCAUUCCUGUUUCCUUCUUUCCUUCCUUGCUUUCUUCAUCCCUCCCUCCUUCAUUCAUCAUGUUUUAAUUACUUUUUCAUCUUUAUUCCCCCAACCCCAGAGACACUGCCACAUAUAUACCACAAAACCUAAACAUCCUCCAAUGACCUAGCCCAAUUCCUCCAUUCACUCCCAGGUGAGAAUUCAGACAAAUGUCCGCAGAGGUUACAACAUACAUACGGUUCUGUUAUAUCUCAUAUAUAACCCCUUCAUGUCCUAAGGAAGACAUUUUCUCUUAGAGGUUUUCAUUUUAGUAUAUCUUUAAAAAAAGAAAAAGUCUUGUGUAAACUUGCCUCCAUGUUUCUCUUGGGUAAGGACUGCUCAAGACUGAAUGCCCUUUUCUGUCUGAUAUUGCUGUUCACAGCUUUUCUUGAUAGGCCUAGUACAAUCUUGGGAACAGGGUUGCUGUGUGUUGAAGGUCUGACAGUAGCUCUUAGCCUUGCCUAUCUUAGGUAGUUACGCUGUGCAUUUUUUAUUGGUGUACUAUGUUUGAUUUGUUCCUGAUACCUUCAAUUUGAAAUUUUUCUGAGAAAUGGAGCAGUAAUGCAGCAUCACCUUAUUAAAAUACAUCUGAAGCCUUUUAAUUUUCUGUGCUGUUUUUUGAAGGGGAAGGGAAGGAAUUCUGUCUUGGGAAAUGCAUACAGUAGACUGCACUGUCACCUUUUGAAAUACUAAACAUUAGGCAAACAUGGGCAGGGGAGGGUGAGAUGCAAGAUAGAGUGGCUAGGAUCAAUGCUGGGUAAUGGUAGUAGCAGACAAGCGACUCCAAAUGGCAGAAAAUGGAGGGGUUGUAUCCAUACCACAGGGAGGGAGGAUCUUAAUUAGUAUUUUGUUUCUUAGCAGCUGCUGGUAUGUCAGAGGCUUGGAAUUGGCAACAUCUAAAACUGCUAUAGUUACUGACCUCACCCAAGUUCCAAGGGCUCUUCCUGAGCCUCAGAGCUAAAAUACUCUGGAGCACUUUCCUAUUGGCUGGGAAGACCAACUGAAGUUCCCUUGCCCAUGUUUGGAGGUGGACGCCUCCUGAACUAAAGAUAGAAACAGCUGGCCCUUCUAGGCAGCUAAAAGCCUUCAGACUUAAGAGGUGUUCCCCACUCUGCGGCCAGACUCCUUGAAAUACCCUUUGAGUAAGCUCAACCAGCGCUUCCAUGUCUCUGCUCUGCCAUAACAAAGGCUGUGGGCAACACUUUGACCCUAAUAUCAAUCUCCCUGAUUCCUGUCACUAUCACCCUGGGGUCCCAAUCUUCCAUGAUGCACUUAAGGGUUGGUCCUGCUGCCGAAAGCGAACUGUAGAUUUCUCUGAGUUCUUAAAUAUCAAGGGCUGUACUGUGGGACCACACUGUGCUGAGAAGCUUCCUGAGGGCCCUCAGCCUGAGGGCCCUGCCACGAGUUCGCUUCAGGAGCAAAAACCUCUGAAUACAAUUCCAAAGUCAGCAGAGACCUUGCUCCGAGAAAGGCCUAAGGCAGAGAUGCCUCCAAAACUGCUGCCACUUAUUAUAUCUCAAGCCCUGGGAGUGGCAUUGGAACAGAAGGAACUAGACCAGGAACCUGGAGCAGGACUUGACAGUAGUCUGAUCUGGACUGGUUCCAGCUGCCAGAACCCAGGAUGUGAUGCUUUUUACCAAGGUCCUGAGAGUGACUCUGCUCCAUGUACCUACCACCCAGGGGCACCUCGGUUUCAUGAGGGGAUGAAGUCUUGGAGCUGUUGUGGUAUCCAGACUCUGGAUUUUGGGGCAUUCCUGGCACAACCAGGAUGCAGAGUUGGUAGACAUGACUGGGCAAAGCAGCUGCCAGCUUCUUGCCGCCAUGAUUGGCACCAAACAGAUUCCUUGGUAGUGCUGACUGUAUAUGGCCAGAUUCCACUUCCUGCAUUUAACUGGGUGAAAGCCAGUCAAACUGAGGAUAACAGCAAUUGUCCCGAAAUCCUGAAGAGAAAGAAGACAGCGUGGUAUGUCUGCCUCCAGGUACUUCAUUCCUUGUGCCACCAAGACAUGAAUGAAAUUUAAAAUGAAGUCCAUAUACUUCGGAAGGCUGAGGGAAGGAAAUUAGGUCUUUGAUAUUGUUAUCUAUGAAAUCAAACCAGCAUAAUACCUGCUCUUCUGAAGCUCUCAAGUGAAUGAACCGAGAAAUUCUCUUUAGUGUUGAAACCUAUUGGAAUUGGUUUUUUUGUGACUUGCUAAUUUUAAAAGGAUGUGUGCUUUUGGUUGUUUUGUUUUUUGAGACAGGGUUUCUCUGUGUAUCCCUGACUGUCCUGGAGCACUCUUACGUAGACAAGGCUGGCCUCCCGAGCGCUGAGACUAAAGGCAUGUGGCACCAUGCCCAGUAAGAAUGUGUACUGCUAAAAUUUUUUGACAAGUUGCCUUUCCAAAACUUAUACCAAAAGUUGAACAACAGAACAGGAGGGUGUUUCUCUAUAUUCUUACCAAAAUAAUGUACUAGUAUACUUUCUGAUAUUGCCAUUCAAAAGUACUUUUCUUCUAUGAGAAUUUUAUACAAUGUGUUUUGAUCAUAUUCACCCCUCACCCAAUUCCUCAACAUCCACCCCCACCUCUCUACCCAACCAUGUAGUCCAGUUUGUGUUGCCCAAAUUGUCUUGUUGGGGAGAGGGCGUUCCCUGGAGUAUGGUGGUCCUACCAGGGAUAACACCCUUAAAAGGACACUGACUCUCCCUUUCCAGCAGCUCUUGAAUGCCAAUAACACCUUAGUUAGGGGUGGGACUUGAUGCCCAGGACUGUAAACCCCAAUCAGUUGCUGGGACUUUGGUCUGAGCUUUCAAAGGUCUUGUGCAUACAGUCCUCAUCACUGUGAGUUCUAUAUGCAGUGAAAUGCUUCCUUGAAAAAUAUCCCCCACUUCUGGCUCUUAAGGUCUUUCUGUGCCCUCUUCCUCAGUGAUCCCUGAUAUUACCAUUUUUAUAAUAAAAGUUUUUGCCUUGUUUUGUGUUUAGUUUACAAUCUUUUGUAUUUAAUUUAUAAUCUCAUAAAAUCAGCUUUGUGUUUUUCACUGCCGCAUCCUUCAUGGCUCCAGGGAUUGGCCUAACAGGGGCUGCAAGAAAAUGAAGAAAGGAGGAAUAGGGAUACAUGAAGAAGCUGGGAUCUGGUGGCCUACUAAGCUCUCAGGUGGAGAAACUGCAACAUCCUGGAAGUUUCUUGCAUUUAUUAUAUACAGUUGAACAUGGAGAUAGGCUAUUACAUACAGCCGCAUAAGGAGGCAGGGUUAGCUAAUCUUGGGUUAGGAGCACGUUCCGUAAGGGAGCAGUCUUCAGUCAUAAGUAUCUAGGGGGAGAAAGCUCCAGUGGACGUGUUCUGCACACAGUAUCAACAUUUGUACUUAAGCAAGAGGAAGGCUUUGCUAUCCCACUGACCCUCACCCAGGAGAAAGGUUUGGCCAUCUAUCUGAGACUAGAGUCCUUGACAUGGCCAGCUCAUGUCGACAACACACUCCACUCCGGACUUCACAGACUCAGGGUUUCCUCUUCUCUCCACAUGUCACCUACUUAAAAUCCUGUAUGCUAGGCAUGGUGACACACUUUUAAUCCCAGCACUUGCAAGGCAGAAAUAGAUGCAUCUUUACGAGUUUGAGGCCUGCUUGGUCUAUAUAGUGAGUUCUAGGUCAGGCACAUCUAUAUAGUGAGACUGGCUUUUUAAAACUAAAAGCUGGCUGGGCAUGGUGAUACACUUUAAUCCCAGCACUCGGGAGGCAGAGGCAGGCUGAUCUCUCUGAGUUUGAGGCCAGCCUGGUCUACAAGAGCUAGAGCCAGGACAGUGAGAGUUACAUGAUAGAGAGAUCCUGUCUCAAAGUUAUGUCUAUUUCACUCCUGUAUGAGUAUAUAUGCCAUUCGUGGCCGCUGUCCAGUUUUAUGGUUUUUUCCUUUAUGUUGAGCAUUUUGUUUACUAAAAACCAUUAUUGGGAAAAUUAUAAGAAUGAUCUUUAUCAUAUGAGUUGAAAUAUUUCCUGAAUUGCUCUCCCCUUCUCUUCCCCACCUCUGAUCCACCAAGCUCAUUCUAUAUUUCUCUUUUAUAAAAAAGAGUUUUUUUUUCAGGCAGUGUACUGUUAGUAAUUUGAAGUGUAUAAAUAUUAAAUACUGCUUACUACUGAGUUUGCCUAUGUAAGUGUCCAUGAGUUUGCUUGUGAGAGGGAAUCCUACCCCACUUGUCCUUUUGUAUCUGACUUCAUUCACUUAGCAUGUUUCAAGCUUGAUUCAUGUUCCCUAAUUCUACCUUCAGAACUAUUUCCAAAUAACAAAGUUUCCUUAAAUUUUUUACAUGUAUUUUGUGUGCACAUGUGUUUGCUACAAUGUGCAUAUGGAGGUCACAGGACAAUUUGCAGAAAUUGGUUCUCACUUCCCACCAAAUGGGUCCAUUAUCUGAUUUGUCAGCAAGUACAUUGACCAUCUGAACCAUCUCACUGGUCCCAAGGUUUCUUUUUAAAACCUAAGUAGUGUUUCAUUCUGUGCACAGAAAUUAUCUUUUCCCUUAUCUAUCCAUCUGUUUAUGUAUGCUUUGACUGAUCUCUACAAUUUGGCUAUUGUGAAUAGUGCUGCAAUUGCUGUAUUUUCUCAAUUAUAAUUAAAUUCAAUGAAGCGGGGAGCAGAAUGGUGAUAAGUAGAUGCUGAGAGGGGUAGAGGGAAUGGGGAGAUGAUAGGCAAAGGUCUGCUGCCUCAAUUAGAAUGGAUAAGUUGAAUUUCUUUGAGAUGUAUUGUCUGUUGGAUAUAAUAAACAAUGCUGUGCUGUACACUUCAAAGCACAGUGAUGGGGUGCUUCUGUAGCACGGAUAUUUCACAUGGAAAGCACUGAGCUGCAACCCCAGCACCAGGACCACAGUUUUCAUUAUGGAAGUGAUGUGGAAUUCUCUCCGUGUGUUUUAUUACCAUUGGUUAAUAAAGAAGCCACUUUGGCCUUUGGCAGGCCGGAAAGUCAAACUGAAUACAGGGACAAAGAAGGCUGAGUCGAGGGAGAUGCCAACAGCUGCUGGAGAAGCAAGAUGUGAGGUGACAAGCCAUGAGCCUGUGGUAAAUAGAAACUAAUAGAAAUGGGUUAAGUUGUGAGAGCAAGUUAAUAAUAAACUUGAACUAAUAGGACAAACAGUUUGUAAUUAAUAUUAAGCCUCAGAGUGGUUAUUCGGAAACUGACGGGCAGGAGAAAAACCUCCAUUUACACGGAAGCUUUGCAGAGACUUUUGAAAUCCAGAAGUUUGAG